AUGAGGAAAAAAACGCCGCCGCCGUCACCCACCAUCGAAGCGACCGGCCGCCGUGCCCACGCCAUCCACGCGGACGUUACCAGCGACUCUGAUAUCGACGAUAUGGUGGCCCGUGCCGCCGCUCACUUCGGGCACAUCGACAUCCUGAUCAACAACGCCGGCACCACUGUCCGCAAGCCCCCGGAGGAGACCACCGCCGCCGAAUGGGACAAUGUGCUGGAUGUGAACCUGCGCUCCGCCUUUCUGGCCAGCCGAGCCGUUUACCCCCACUUCAAGUCCCAGGGCGGUGGUAAAAUCAUCAGCAUCGGCAGUAUGUUCAGCAUCUUUGGCGGCGGCGGCAGCGGCGUGCCCUACGCGUCCAGCAAGGGCGGCGUGGUGCAGUUGGCCAAAAGCUUUGCCGUAGCCUGGGCGCCGGAGAACAUCCAGUCCAACGUGAUCCUGCCCGGCUGGUUCAUGACCGAUUUGACCCAGGCCAUACCCGAAACCCAACCCGAACGUUACGACCUCAUCAACCGGCGCAUCCCGAUGGGGCGGUGGGGUCAGGCUAGCGAGUUGCAGGGGGCGACGGUGUUUCUCGCGAGCCGGGCAUCAGAUUAUGUAACGGGGGCGGUGAUAACCGUGGACGGUGGGUAUUCGGUUACCUGA